AUGAGGAGGGUCCCGCCGACGCGCUUGAACGUGAUUCGAUAUUUGGGCUGCAUGGGCCACAUGGGCGACAACGACGGGGACCUCGACUCCUCUGGCAGACUCGGAAGCCGAGGAGAUGGCACUGCCAUACAACUUACGCUGGAUCAGCCCUUGCAGGCGCUGAAGCUGCACGAAAUCGAGGCAGAUGAGGAGGAAUCGCCCUGGAGGAUCUCGGAUUGCGCAGUUGCUGGAACAUUGACCUCGUUCAUGCGCGAGAAGGUGAUGAUCAAUGAGAUCGUUGCCAAGGGCCCGCACUUCCGCGAGCUGUCUGCAAACGGAAAGCACAUUGUUUCGGAGACGAACGUGGCCGAGGAUGAGUAG